AUGGUAAACGAGGUAAAUGCUCAGGAAUGGUUGGAUAAAAAAUACCCCACUGCCGAUAAAAAGAAAGGAGUUAAAAGAAUAGGUUGCAAACAAGACUUAACAGGAAUAACAGGAUUAGAAAAUAAUUUUAAUAAUUCACUUAAACUUUUUAUGGAGGGUCGAUCCUUGUCAGCUAUUCUUGAUAAUGUGAUAAACAAGGGAAUUAUUGAAGACGGUAUUAGUUUAAAAGGUCCCUUAUCUUUAAAAGGGUUCGUUAAUUUGGAGGUUUUGAGUAUUAGUAGCCAUAAAAUUACUACAUUAGAUAUUUCUGAUUGUCUACAACUUCGUGAAUUAAACUGUUUCAAUAAUCAACUCACAAAUAUAAAUAUAUCUAAUAACCGACAAAUUGAAGAAGUUAAUUUUUCAGGCAAUAAGUUAACUAAUUUAGAUUUUACUGGAUUAGAUAAAAUUGAAAAAAUUUUUUGUAAUGAAUGCCAAUUAAAAAGCUUAGAAUUUUUAAAAACUAUAAAUCCUUCCAAGUUGAUUACCCUCCGCUUGACUCACAACGAAUUUCCUGCCCGAGAUCUAAGUUGUUUUACUCCCUUUAUUAAUUUGCGUAGAUUAUACCUUGAAGGUAAUCGUUUUUAUGGCUCUUUAAAACCAUUAAGAAAUUUAACUAGUUUAUGUGGAAUAGGUAUCGCUGAUACUGACAUAGAUAGUGGUUUAGAGUAUUUGCCUGAAAUUUUUUUUGAUAUCAAUAUCGCCGCUUCUGAUUUGGGUUUGACGGGAAGUUACUUUUCAAGAACACUUUUAUGUACGGGAAAACUAGCAGAACAAUUAAAAAAUUACAAAAUAGAAAAUGAUCCUCUUAAAAAUUAUGACUGGCAAGCUUGGAAGCGAGAUAAUCAAAAAUUAAUUAACAAAGCUAAAGAGCAAGCAAAACAAGAAGAAUUAAUCGAGAUAGCAGAAUGGGAAAUAUUAGCUAGAGAAACUAAGGAGUUAUAUGAAAAAAUCCGGUGUGAUAUUUAUCAAAAAAUUCACUAUAGUUGA